ACAGGAAGGAAUGUACAGUCAGUUCUGUACUCAAAAACAUAGUCCAGAAAUAGAUCUGCGCUAAAGCGAAAGCCACUACAGCUAUUCUAUUUCUUUGUUGUCUUGAAUUCUUCACCAUGGCUUGGACGAAAUACCAACUCCUUCUCGCUGGAAUGAUGCUCAUCACAGGCUCCAUUAACACAUUAUCAGCCAAAUGGGCAGACAACUUCUCUGCGCCAGGAUGCAAAGGAUCUGCAGAACACUCCUUCUCGCACCCUUUCCUCCAGGCGGUGGGCAUGUUUCUCGGGGAGCUCAGCUGCCUGGUGCUGUUCCACAUUCUCCUCUGUCAUGACAGAAGAAGCCCAGAACCGAAGAUGAACACGGGCCAGACCUUCAACCCCCUCUUCUUCUUCCCGCCAGCCAUGUGCGACAUGACAGCAACCUGCAUCAUGUAUGUCGCUCUCAACAUGACCAGUGCCUCAAGUUUCCAGAUGCUGCGGGGAGCAGUGAUUGUCUUCACUGGGUUGUUGUCCGUGGCGUUCCUGGGACGGAAGCUGAUGGUCAGCCAAUGGAUUGGAAUCUUUAUCACCAUCACUGGUCUGCUGGUGGUCGGCCUGGCAGACUUUGUAAGUGGAGAAAAAGAUGAACAACACAAGCUCAGCGAAGUCAUUACAGGUGACCUCCUUAUUAUAAUGGCACAGGUCAUAGUUGCCGUCCAGAUGGUCCUGGAGGAGAAAUUUGUUUACAAGCAUGACGUCCACCCUCUGCGGGCUGUGGGCACAGAAGGUUUUUUUGGCUUUGUCACCCUGUCGCUCCUGCUCAUCCCCAUGUACUACAUUCCCGCGGGUCACUUUGGCAACAACCCUCGGCAGGUCCUGGAAGAUUCCCUGGAUGCUUUCUGUCAGAUUGGCAACCAGCCCAUGAUCGUCCUGGCUCUGCUGGGCAACAUCAUCAGCAUUGCCUUCUUCAACUUUGCCGGGAUCAGCGUCACCAAAGAGAUCAGUGCAACCACGCGCAUGGUGCUGGACAGCCUGCGUACUGUGGUCAUCUGGGCAGUGAGCCUGGCUGUGGGCUGGGAGAGGUUCCAUGGACUGCAGGUCCUGGGCUUCAUUAUCUUACUUGUAGGGGCCGCCCUGUACAAUGGACUCCACAAACCUGUAAUGGAAAAGAUCCAAUGCUGCACUCGGUUCCUGGGCCAGAGCUCAGAUGAAGAAGGGCUCUUGUCAGGAAGCACAGCUUCUGUUAAUUAGGAUACUUACAUUUGGGUGUACAUAAAUAUAUUCCUAAUUCCCAAUUAAUUUAUAUCAUUAAUUCAACUUUUUUAUGGUUAAUUUUUAUGUUUCGGUGAAUAUGUUAUUUUUUUUUUUUUUAGAAAGAAAAUCACGUUACACACUUUACAUAUCUUUUUAUUUUCGCUAAAAACCAUUUAAAAUUAACCUUCCAGACACAUUUUCCAUAUGUAAAUAUGCCACGAAUCUAUCACAAUUUUACACAUUAGCUAACUCAGGUACCUUUAAGCUUAAAUGCUGUAAUGCCUGUUGUGAGAUUAAAAUAGUAUUUAUAGUGCAUGUGCAUUGUCUAAAUAGCAUGCCAUGAAUACAAAGUUUCAUAGUUCACAGAUUAAAAACACUAUUUGUGAGCUUGUUGAUUUAAUUACAGACAAGGACUGGCCUAGACUUAUCCCCGGCUGCCCAAAGUUUUUAAUGCUUAGAUCCCUCAUAAACAUUUACUGUGGUGUACAUAUACCAUGGUAGCAGAAGAGCAAAGGUGUGAAACAUGUUUAGAAAAAUGAAUGUGUUAUUAAGCACAUUCAAUUAUGGUACUGUACACCAUAGAUAAUUAUGGUACUGAAAGUAAGGUGAAACCAUGGAUCCAAAAAUGACCUGUAAUCUUUGUUUUUUAAGUGAUACAUUAUAGCUAUGUUUUAGAAGUACCUUUUUUUCCCCCUAAGAUGGAGGGCAUAAAGAUGACCAUAAAUAAAGUGUUGCAUGUAGGUUUACAUUUACUGUAUGUUUUAGAUGAAAGGUAACUGACAAACAGAAAAUCCACAACUUACUUGACAACUCUGUAACUCUUACUGUUUUAGCACAGUGAAAAUUUUGCGACACUGACAUCGAUGGCUGCGUGGACCAUCUGGGUUGAUGACAAGGGUAUGCUUUUUCCUCCAUGCAGUUUUAUUAUUGACAAAUCUCUAAAUAGCCUGAUACCUGCUGUAUCUGCGUUAUAUGCUGUCUGUUUAAAAGUGCUACCAUCAUCUGCUGGUUUGCACACAGCACAGUACCUACAGUUUGGCUCGAUGGCUAUGGGAAACUGGAAUAAUGAUACAUUUUUGGGGUGCAUUUGCACCCCUUUCUGCCUUAUAAUUUUUUCACAUACCACAAUAACAGCGCCUGCACACUGAAAGAAUAGAUUGUUGAGAGUUGCAGGAUGACUGAGGGAGAUGAAGAAACUGUAUCUUCUAACAGUAUUGAUUUAGCUGUACAUAUGUUUUUUUUAGCCCUAUGUAGUCAAUUUCCUAUCUUAGAAUGAGCAUCUAUCUAUGUGUGUAUAAUACACACAAUAUAAUUACUAUAUUAUUUGCAGCUUAUUACCUCCUACAGUAUAUUAUUCAAAAAAUGUUACAAGUUGCAAAAAGAUAAGUAUUUCAUAUACAAGCCUACCACUAAUGUGCAGCCUCUGUUGACUUGUAGAAUUGAUGCUGAGGCAUUCUUUUUCAAUUUAUUUUUUAAAUUCUAUGUCAAGGGAUGGAGUCUAUAUUUAUUUUUUUGUUAUGUCAGCAAGUUCUCUUUCACAUUUUUUUGACAAAAAGACUGAAGCUGCUUUUUUAUGUGACUUUUAAGCACAGGUUGUUUUUACUAGAUUUUGUAAAUGUUAAGUUUCCAAGUACAAUAUAAUAUUUAUUUGUGUAGUUUUAUAUUUGUUUAUAUUUCUAAAAAGUUUGUUUAUGGCUCAUACCCAAAAUAUUUAAUAUCAGCGAUUAUCAGGAAAUGCACAAUCUUUACGUUAUCUACAAUGUUCUUUAUAAUAACUGAAAUCCUUUUUAUUGUUAUUAUUAUUACCUGUAAUAUCCUAAUAUAACAAUAUACAAUUUGGGGGACUAUUCAGUUGAUCUUAAUAGAUGUGGAUCUAAAUACUACUGUCGUUUAAAUCAUUAAUAUAGAACCCCCCCCCCCCAAACUUUCAAAUGUUUUACAAAGAGAAAUACGCCGAGGAGGCUAAUAUGCCCUGUUAGCUGUGUGGUUUUUAUUAGUGGCAGUAUUUGUGCCACUGCUUAGAUCAACUGAAUAACCCUCCUUGGGAUCUAUUUAAAUUAUCUAAAAAGUGGCAAAUCUUAAUAACACCACCCUAAAAUGUAUAAACAUGAUGUUCUGCUCUCCUUUAUUGUUAUACAGUAAAACAGCAGCAGUAUUAAUACAGAGUUAAAGAGGAACAGUAUUUAGAUCUGCUGUUUACAACCUAAAAAUAGACUCAUUUGUGUUUUAAUAAAAAAUCUAAUUUUG